CUACACCCCACGUAAGCCUGUGAAGCACACUGUGAUGGUUCCACUGGACAUAGGAGAGCUUGACCUCAGCCAGCUGACAGUCUCUCUUACAACACCCUCAGGCCCAGAGGAGCCCUGCCUGCUGAAGAUGCUGCGUAACGCUCACAUUGGAAUCUCGUUUGUUCCCAAGGAGAUUGGUGAGCACCUUGUUAACAUCAAGAAGAACGGUCAUCAUGUUCCCAGCAGCCCAAUUGCUGUUGUGAUCAAGCAGUCAGGGAUUGGUGAUGUGAACCGUGUGCGUGUGAGUGGACCGGGGCUGAGCGAGGCCAGGACUUUUCAGCCUGCAGAGUUCAUCAUUCACACUCGUGAUGCAGGUGAAGGUGCUGCCCACCCAUGAUACCAGCAAGGUGCGUGCAAGUGGAUCCAGCCUUAACACCACUGGAGUGCCCACCUCUCUGCCAGUGAAGGUCACCAUUGAUGCCAAAGAUGCAGGACCCAGAGGGGAAGCCCAAGAAGCAAAUAUCUGUGACAGCCAUGAUGGGACCUACCUGGUGUCUUAUGUGCCAG